CAAAGAGUUUCCCGCCCAAACUUUGUUCUGCGUUCAAAAUAUUCUCCACUACUACACUCACUUUCUUCCUCUGUCACCUAUUCACCAUUUUAGUUGGCAAAACAAAAUACUACUGAUUUAUAAUGUGGCUGUGAGAUCGAGAGUAUGAGGUGAAGGGUUGUGAAGGAAAAACCACGAAAUCUCUCAUCAGAUCCGGAAAUUGGUGUGAGGAAUAGAGAUGGAAUCGACGGUGACCGCCGAUGGGUUCGCCGCCGAGUCGAAUCGGACCGCGUCUCGUGCUUCCAGGCUGUUUAUCAAGGAGAUGGUGAUGAGGAAUUUCAAAUCCUACGCAGGCGAACAGCGUGUUGGCCCUUUUCACAAGAGUUUUUCUGCUGUGGUCGGCCCCAAUGGUAGCGGGAAGAGCAACGUGAUAGAUGCGAUGCUCUUUGUGUUUGGCAAGCGUGCCAAACAGAUGAGGCUAAACAAAGUUUCGGAGCUUAUCCACAACUCCACAAAUCAUCAGAAUUUGGACAGUGCUGGUGUAUCAGUUCACUUUCAGGAGAUAGUUGAUUUGGAUGAUGGGACUUAUGAAGUUGUCCCUGGAAGUGAUUUUGUGAUUACUCGGGUGGCAUUCCGGGAUAACUCCUCCAAGUACUAUAUCGACAACAGAGCUAGUAAUUUUACAGAAGUGACCAAGUUGUUGAGGGGGAAAGGUGUCGACUUGGAUAACAACCGUUUUUUGAUUCUUCAGGGUGAAGUAGAGCAAAUAUCAUUGAUGAAGCCGAAGGCACAGGGGCCACAUGAUGAAGGUUUUCUCGAGUAUCUUGAGGAUAUAAUUGGAACUAACAAAUAUGUUGAGAAGAUUGAUGAAUCGUUCAAGCAGCUGGAAUUGCUCAAUGAAAAGAGAUCUGGUGUAGUUCAAAUGGUCAAAUUAGCUGAAAAAGAAAGAGAGAGCCUAGAGGGUGUCAAAAAUGAAGCAGAAGAUUACAUGCUUAAAGAAUUAUCACUGUUAAAAUGGCAAGAAAAAGCUACCAAGCUAGCUUCUGAAAGCACCGUUACUGAAAUAGCAGAACUGCAGGCAACUGUUUCAAACUUAGAAGCAAAUGUGAAGACUGAAAGGGAGAAAAUUCAUGAAAAUACUAAGACUUUGAAAGAACUUGAAGCAUUGCAUGUGAAGUACAUGAAGAAACAAGAGGAACUUGAUAGUGAUCUGAGACGAUGCAAAGAUGAGUUUAAGGAAUUCGAAAGGCAGGAUUUGAAGCACAGGGAAGACUUCAAGCAUUUGAAGCAAAAGAUCAAAAAGCUCGAUGAUAAGCUUGAAAAGGAUUCAAAUAAAAUAGCUGACCUCACAAAAGAGUGUGAGGAGUCUACAAAUUUGAUUCCUCAGCUUGAGGGUGAUACUCCUAAGCUACAGAAACAUCUGGUGGAUGAGGAAAAGAUUCUGGAAGAAAUCAAGGAAAAUGCUAAAGAUGAAACGGAAGUCUUUCGUUCUAAACUUGCUGAGGUUCGUACUGAAUUAGAACCCUGGGAAAAACUAUUGAUUGAACACAGAGGAAAGUUUGAUGUUGCUUCAGCUGAAAGAAAACUUUUUAUAGAGAAGCAUGAGGCAGGCCGCACGGCUUAUGAAGAUGCACAGAAGCAGAUUGGUGACAUUAACAGAAAAAUAGAGACAAAGACUUCCAGUUUGCAAGAUAUUCAGAAUGAAAUUGAGAAACUCAGACUUGAAGCAUCCGAAGCCCGUAAAGUGGAGAAAGCAUGCCAUGAGGAACAAGAGAGGUUGAUACCUCUGGAACAGGCUGCAAGACAAAAGGUUGUGGAGCUUUCAUCAGUUAUGGAAUCUGAGAAGAAUCAGGGAUCUGUCUUAAAAGCAAUACUCCAUGCUAAAGAAACAAACAUUAUACCAGGAAUAUAUGGCCGAAUGGGGGAUUUGGGAGCUAUUGAUGCAAAAUAUGAUGUAGCCAUAUCGACUGCAUGUCCUGGACUUGAUUAUAUUGUUGUCGAAAACACUGCUGCCGCACAAGCUUGCGUUGAGUUACUCCGCAGCCAAGACCUUGGGGUUGCUACUUUCAUGAUUAUGGAGAAACAAUCCAGUCAUCUGCCUCGACUUAAGGAAAAAGUUGUGACUCCAGAAAAUGUCCCGCGCCUAUUUGAUUUGAUCAAGGUGCAGGAUGAGCGGAUGAAACUAGCUUUCUUUGCGGCCUUAGGGAACACAGUUGUAGCUAAAGAUCUUGAUCAGGCAUCUCGGGUUGCUUAUGGGGGAAAGAAGGAAUUUUGGCGUGUUGUGACACUUAAUGGUGCUCUGUAUGAAAAAUCUGGCACCAUAUCUGGCGGUGGAAAUCGGCCACGCGGGGGCAAAAUAGGAACGUCCAUUCGUGCCAGUGUCUCUGGUGAAGCUGUUGCAAAUGCUGAAAAAGAGUUGUCCGAUUUGGUUGAGAGCCUAAACACUGUACGUAGUAAGUUAGCUAAUGCGGUUAAGCAUUACAAGGAUUCAGAAAAAGCCAUUGCACCUCUGGAGAUGGAGUUAGCCAAAAGCCGAAAGGAGAUAGACAGUCUGAAGUUGUUAUUAGGUGAUAUAGAGAAGCAGCUAGAUUCCCUCAAGGCUGCAUCACAGCCUCCAAAGGCAGAAUUGGAUCAACUGAAGAAGCUUGCAAACAUCAUUUCUGCUGAAGAGAAAGAGAUUGACAGGCUUACACAAGGCUCGAAACAACUCAAAGAGAAGGCUUUGGAGCUACAGAACAAAAUAGAAAAUGCUGGUGGAGAAAAACUGAAAAACCAGAAGGCUAAAGUUAGCAAAAUUCAGUCGGACAUUGACAAAAAUAGUACUGAGAUUAACCGCCGGAAAGUUCAAAUAGAAACAGGUCAGAAAAUGAUAAAGAAGCUGACAAAAGCGAUUGAAGAGUCCAGAAAUGAGAAAGACCGGCUUACACUGGAAAGGGAAAAAUUACAGUCCACCUUUAAAGAAAUUGAACUAAAAGCUUUUACUGUUCAGGAGAAUUAUAAAAAAACACAGGAGCUGAUAGAUCAACACAAAGAUGUCCUGCACCAAGCAAAAUCUGACUAUGAAAAACUGAAGAAAAUUGUGGAUGAGCUGCGAACAUCUGAGGUGGAUGCUGAGUACAAGUUACAAGAUAAGAAGAAAGCAUGUAAAGAGCUGGAAAUGAAGGGGAAAGGUUACACAAAGAAGCUUGGAGAACUUGAAGUUGCAAUUUUAAAGCACAUGGAGCAAAUUCAGAAGGAUAUGGUGGAUCCUGAGAAGCUUCAAACAGUGUUGACAGAUGUAACUCGUGAUGAAAUCAGUGACCUUAAGAGGUCUCUUGAGAAGGUGGCACUUCUUGAGGCCCAACUGAAAGAAAUGAACCCGAACCUUGACUCAAUUGCAGAGUAUCGGAAAAAAGUGAGUUUGUACAACGAGCGAGUUGGAGAUCUUAAUUCUGUAACUAAUGAGCGCGAUGACAUCAAAAAGCAAUAUGAUGACUGGAGAAAGAAGAGGUUUCAACACAAUCUCGUUGAAACUGAAAGAAAUGUACCAGGCAAGACACCAAUUUGGUUUCUAACAAUCUACAUGCACAUGAUUACACUGGGAGGUGAUGCAGAGCUUGAGCUAGUGGACUCGUUGGAUCCUUUUUCUGAGGGAGUCGUUUUCAGCGUUCGGCCGCCCAAAAAGAGCUGGAAAAAUAUUGCUAACUUGUCAGGCGGUGAAAAGACACUCAGCUCACUGGCCCUCGUUUUUGCCUUACACCACUAUAAACCAACUCCACUCUAUGUGAUGGAUGAGAUCGAUGCUGCUUUAGAUUUCAAGAAUGUCUCUAUUGUGGGGCACUAUGUGAAGGACCGUACCAAGGAUGCACAGUUCAUCAUCAUAAGCCUCCGAAAUAACAUGUUUGAGCUGGCGGACCGGCUCGUUGGAAUCUACAAAACGGAUAACUGCACCAAGAGUAUCACCAUCAAUCCUGGAAGCUUUGUAGUCUAUCAUGUAGACCCAAAUGCCGUCAUAAAGCUGCUGGCCAAUGCUGGGCCUAUGGUUCUUGCAGGGUUCAUUGAUCCACCUGAUAUGGGCCUGCACAUAUAG